GCGAAGUAAUCGAAAAGAUGGCGUCGUUCUAAGAUAUCGUUUUCGUGCGGAAUUUCUCUGAUUACCGAUAUUAUAAGUCAUUAAACUUGGACGUUUAUGCUGAUAGCUCAGAAAUAUGAAUAGAGGUGGCGAAAACUUCAGAAGCCGUGGAUUUGUCAGAGGUUUCAGGGGUAGAUACGUUCCACGAGGACGUGGAAGAGGUUUCAGCAGUAAUUACGUGCGUGGCAAUCCGGGAGGGCGCGCUCGUAUGACAGGGCCAACAGGCUUCCCAAAGCUGUCGGAUUUUUCACAUCCUCUGCUUGAGGAAGGUGAUAAAUCACAGGUCGAUAGAUCGAGGUCGAAGUCUCCAUCGUGUCAGGACACGCCACCAUUCCACGAAGGUGGCCCACAGCCUUUUCAGUUCCAUGAUGAAAGCGUGGGACCAACAACAUACGUACCACAUUUCGGCAGAGGCAGAGGUGGGCCACCGGGCCCACAUCCAAAUAUGAGGUCAAGGUCUAGAUCCAUAUCUCGUGGCGAGGAUAUGGCAAGACCACGGCCCUACGAAAAGAGAUCGAGAUCAAGGUCAUAUAGUAGACGAUCAAGGUCAAGAUCGAGGUCCUACAACAGGCGGUCACGGUCCAGGUCGUACAACAGACGAUCAAAGUCGAGGGAAAGAUCAUAUAAAAAACGGUCAACAUCGAGGGAAAGACCAUAUAAUAGACGGUCAAGAUCAAGGGAAAGAUUAUUUAACAGACGCUCAAGAUCAAGAGAAAGAUCAUGUAACAGACGCUCAAGAUCACUAUCACGUGGUAAACAGUCUCAAAUAAAGAUCCCGGAUAAAAGGUCAGCGACACCGUCCCGAUCUCUGUCAGUGUCAAGGAGAAGGUCACGAUCAAGAUCUAAGUCACGGUCCCCAAUGGAAAAUCGUGGAAGAUUUGAAGGGUAUAAAACAGAAAAGAAUGCCAGUAAACUUGGCCAUGUGCCAACUGCUGAUAAGGUCGCUGAGGAUAUUAAGAAUGAGUCGUUGCGCAUCACAGUUGGCAAUGACCUAUACUUGGACAGGACACGUGGCUCGGCAUUGACACGUCUAGGUCCGCCUGUCGCCACCACCGAUGCUUAUCAAUAUGAAGGCAAGAUAGAUCAGGAAACACGUGAGGUGUUUGAUGAGGAAGGUAGAUGUCUGCUGAGCAGUUUGUAUGAUAGUGCUGAACUAUCAUCCACCUCUAAACCAGUCGAAAAUCGUAACAGUGACGCUGUGCCAUGGAGUAAGCCUACCAAAGACACAGAGUCGAAAGAGCAGAAGAGACGGGAAAGUUCCGAGAGGAGCAGGAGAAAGGCCAGACGCAGUCUGUCACCGGGGUACCAAUUGGCCGAUUCCCCCAACAACGAGAAAUACAAGUCUUCGCGUGAACGCCAUCUCAUUGCGAAGAGGCGUAAACCUGAGAGGCGGCGCCAACGGUCACGGUCAGGAAGUACAUCGUCAUGCUCGUCAGUAUUGUCGUCGUCUUCCUGGACGAGUAGUUCUAGUAGCGGCUCUUCCCGCCCUUCAUGUCCGGUGCAAAAGAAAGGCACAACGAAAUCCUCGCUUGCCAAGCCGACUGCAAAGCCCUAUGCUCCACCACUGAAGUCGUGUCUGAAGAAGAAGAGUCUGGCGAUUCCACUCGACGAGCCUAACAUUCCUGGAGCGCAGGUCAUGGACUAUGGUCAUGGACAAGUGGAGUCGGCACCACAUGAAACCUGGGAGGGCUCGCCAACGAACGUCGUCGCGACGGAUUUCGGUGUCCCUCAGAAUAUCGAGGAUGAAGAUGAAUUUUUGUAUGGCGAUGAAGACAGUAACAACGGGAACGUGGAAAGCGAGCAGGUCGUUCAGUCCUCCAUGGAGACGUUGCCGUCAGCCGCUCCUGAGGUAAAGGCAUCUAUGUUCCAUAGAGCUGCCUCCUACAAGCAACCGGUUGAGGAAUUUGUUGACCACAACCGUAGAAGGCAACAUGUACCUACGGAGACCAAAUCUGCAAGUUAUGCCGCUCCCGUGCGUGGUUAUGCAAGUCCCUCAAUCACACAGGUGACAGCCCAACAGAUCGAGCUCAAGCCAGAGCCGCCACAAGAGAAAGGAAAUGUUCUCCAGGAUAUUUUACAGUCGAUUGGAUUUAAUUUCGAGCUGUCGAAAAAGAAUCAGGAGAAGGACUCGUCACAAAAGACUCCUGAAACGUUUGGCAUUAGAGAGUCCACCUCUUUUCUGACUGGUGGCUUGGAUGCGAUAAUUCAGGAGUCGGCAUUCGGUAAGCAAACUGCCAGAAGUGGCUAUGACGCCAGUGCAGCUCCUCAGUCGGAGUAUCCUCCAGCUAGCCAGCAAGCAUUCACACGUGCAGUCGGCUACCAACCACCGGUCACACAGCAGCCGAUUACAGUGCACACACAACAGUCUAGCUACAAUGUUGAGGCAUCGCAGUACCAAGCCUACCCAACGCACACAACUUAUGAAUACGGAUCGUCACAGAUAGCAUGGCACGGACAGGCAAAACCAGUCACGUCAGGUCCCACCCAUGCGCGCACCAGUACCCCAGCGGUGAUACCACAGGACAGGAAACAAGUGAAAAGUAUUUAUGAGGAGCGAGAUGUAGGCACAGCAGCAGUGGCCCCAUCUACAUCUGCAGCACAGGGGUUGCCGGAGGCGCAGGACCCUACUCAGGUGGUAAAGCUGGUGAAGAAGCGUGAGGGGUACAUUAAGCAGUUUCGCAACCUGCAACUGGAGAUUAUCAACCUGAAGCGACAGCAAGGGGAACUGCUGCGGCGAGCGCAGAAGCAGAAAGAUGGACGCAAUGACCCACUUGUGCAGGAGAGCACUCAUCUCAUGGAGGAAAUAGCAAAGCAGAUGCGUUCACUGCACUCAAAUAUCGAUGCAAAUGGCAAAGCCCUCGGGUUAAAAAAUCCCCUUGAAGGGUUGAAGAGGAUCACAAAGGGACAGGCUGAAGUGACAAAGAAAGAACACGGGCGAAACGUAAAGGAAGAAGAUGGGAAGCAAGAACUAGAAAAGCGGAAGGAUAUGAGAAAAUGGGAAAAAGAAGAGAAAGAGAGAGUAGAACAUCAACAAAAAAAGAUUCCAACGAUAACAAGUAAAGAAGUGAGCCCGGAAGAGAAGCUGUCUAAGCAGAAGGCAUACGAGUAUUUUGAUCCCGGAGAGCAUUGGUGUAAAGCAUGCAAUGUAAUAACCAAGGACGUAAAUGGAUUGCUGAGGCAUCUACAGAGUAGACAACAUGCCGGGAAUGCUGAUGGUAGUUAUCGACCAUGGAGGCCAGAAAUGAUGGCAAAGAAAAAGCCGCAAACUAAAAGUCGCCCCAUUGUUGAGCCGUUUAAAGGGUCAGAGUUUCUGAUGCCAUGUCCAGCAUUUUUCUGUCGGAUUUGUAAAGUAUUUUCGGGCGAUUCGGCUUGCGCAGUCGAACACCUACAAGGCCGCUCACAUAAUCUCAUGUACGAGAAGUACCUCGUGGAUAACCCAUUCUAUGAGCGGCGGUUCGAUCUAGACAAAGCAGCAGGUUUGGCCGCAUUCCAAGCAGCCCUCGCGAAGGAGGCCGAGAUGAGAGAGAAGCUUAAUCAGAAAAAGGCUCAGGCGGCAAAAGAGCGGGCGGAGAGGGCAGAAAAGGAGAGGGCAGAGCAGGAAUCCCAAUCGCAUUAUUCACGCCAGUACAGAAAGCGUGAGGCUGUCUCCGAUGCGGGAAAGGAAGAUGAUACGCCGCCGGCAAAGGAUAAGAAGACAGAGCCGGAACCAAAUCGAGCUGGCAUCAAGAUAAUGCUGAAGAAGGAUGAGAGGAAGUUGAGCUCGAAGGGAAGUUUUCCACACGAUGUCUCCUCCGGCUCCGAUAAUGAUGAUAUUGGCAUCAAUGAUAAUGAAGGGAGGCCGGCCAGUCGAUACCGGCCCUAUCUGGAUAGAGACCGGCAGUUGAGCCGGCAACGUCAAGCAAGGAACGAUCGAGAAAGGGACAGUAGGCUGAACCGGGAGAGGGACAGGAGUGAUGAUCAUAGUCGAGGCCAGAGUGACCGGUCACGCUCGCUAAACCUUGGCCAUUCCAAGCACGAGGUGGAUAAGAGUCCCGAGAAAGUGGAAGAUAAGGGAGCUGUUGGAAGUAAAAUCUCAAUCAAAUUGAUGACAGGUAAGAUCACGGCAUCAAAAAAUGCGCCCUGGGCAGAUAAGUUUCGCAAUCGUGCCGUUGCAAGCAAGGCUGCAGCUGCCGCCACAGCAGCGUCACAAGCGAACAGUAAGCAUCUGCUUAAGAAUAGGGCUGGAGAAAGGAAUGCUCGGCUUGACACGUUCCUCUCCGUCUGCAAAGGGGAAAAUGAGAGUAAGCUUCCUGUUGUACAGGAGAAAGUAAGCCAAGAGAAGAUCACACAGGCCGUCGUGAGUACAAUAAGUUCUGCUAUCGUGCAAGCUGAGCCAUCUAGUGUUGCCAGCCAUGUACUCAAUUCACCACCUGUGCAGUUUGCUUCUGUAAAUGCUGCUCGAUCAAUCCCAUUGCCGGUUAACUCCAAACAGCAUGUGACGGUGACACCACCAGUAUUCACCCCAAUACUGCAGCAGCCUGUGGCUGUGACAAUGCCGUGGAGCAUGCCAUCGGCAAUGCCACAAGUGCAGCCAGCAUGGUCACCACGCAUUGCAUUCCAGUACAGUCAGCCCAAUGUGCUGCCAAAGAGUCAGCCAGAGCCAGCGAAGGUGGUGGCUACAUCUCCCGUUGAUGGAAAUGGAGACGAACCUCCCCCGCCUGGAACCGAGCUUGGCAUGGAACAACAGCCGCAGUGGGCGACGACAGUGCGUGAGAUCGUUGUGCAGAAGCCUGUCCACACUGUCACAAGCCGUCAGUCACGAUCAGCGAAGCAAGAGGCAAAGAUGGUGGUUAAAGCAGCAAGUCCCGAGUGUGAGGAAGUAGAGGAUGAACCGCCUCCCCCAGGCACAGAGGGUGGGAAAGAGCCGGAUUUUCUGGGCCGUGGUAUUCUAGAGCAGGCAGGAGCAGAGGGUAUUGAUGUAGAUGAUGCUGCGAGUGAAGGCAGUGGCAUCAGCAUGUACAUGGGAAGUGACAUGGAGGUACUGGAUGAGGUGGAGGAGGCCUGAAAGAGGCAGGAAACAUGAUUCACUGAAUUCCAAAAAGUAUCUUCAGAAACUUAAGCUGUUUGUGUAAAUGUGUGUGUGUGUGUGUGUGCGUGCGUGCGUGCGUGCGUGCGUGCGUGCGUGCGUGCGU